AUGUCAGGAAUUCUGUCAUGUAAAGGCUGCCAGCGGAACUUCUGCCAAGGGCAUAUGAAUGAACAUCGACAAGAACUAGAAGGUGAUUUCCAACGUGUAUUAAGUGAUCGAGAUUUACUUUAUCAACAAAUAUAUUCCGAAACUCCAACAGAUCCCCAAGCAUUUGAUUAUAUCUCAAAAUGGGAAAGAAAAACUAUUGAGAAGAUAGAAAUGAUUGCUGAUCAAGCUCGACGACAGGUGCAAGAUCUGCUUGAUGAGAAGAGACUCAAAGUAAAAGAGAAAUAUGAUCAAAUCUCGGCUGAACUUCGUCAAAGAAAAGAAUCUAGUCACUUUUUUGAACAGGACAUUGAAAUAUUGCGCAAAACACUUGAGCAAGUGAAACGUGACUGUGAACAUAACGACACAUCGACUACGGUGACGGUUAAAGCUCAAACAAUUGAUUUUGAUCACAUUUUACACAUAACGCUGAACGCGAAAACAAACUGCCAUCAAAAUCAGUUAUUUAUAGGUGGAACACUACUAAACGAAAAACAACAUCAAUCCAAACUGAAUGAAUUUUAUGGAAAACAACAUCAACAAUGGGAGUUGAUUUACAAAUCUACAAAAGAUGGCUUUGCCGCCAGCGACUUUCAUCGUGAAUGCGAUGGUAAAUUUCCAACGAUGGUAGUUAUCCAAUCCAAAAACGGUGGCUAUCUCUUUGGUGGCUACACAGCUGUCCCAUGGAAUUCAAAUGACCAAACUGCAGCGGACCCAUCAGCAUUUCUUUUCACUCUUACAAACCCAAACCAUCUUCCAAUAACAAAGUUUAAUAUUAACCCGGCCGACAGCAAAUCCGCUGUAUAUCAUUAUAAACAGGGUGGACCAAUAUUUGGUCCUUAUUAUCUUUAUUAUCUUUAUCGUUGUGAUAUUGCGGUGGUGGAAGAAAAGGGUAUUUUGAACAGGAGUUACAUUAGGUUUCCUAGUAUAUACAUUGAUACACUAGGUCAGAAGAGGAACACAUUUACUGGAAGUGGUGCUUGUGAAGUUAGCGAGAUUGAAGUGUACAGUCUACAGUAA